CCGGUCUAAAUAAUGUUUGAGUUCAGAGUUGUAUGUUGAUUUUUUAAAUUGAAUUUUAAAUACAUCAGUGGUUGAUAGUGAUGUCUAGUACAGGGGUCUGUAGCCAUUGUGGUUGUACAGAUAUAGACAGUGACCCAGCCAGAGGUGAUGCAGUGUGUACUAACUGUGGUUCUGUCUUAGAAGAUCAGAUCAUUGUCUCAGAGAUCCAGUUUGAAGACAAUGCUGGUGGAGGAUCCUCUGUUAUAGGACAAUUUGUGUCAUCUGAUGGAUCAAAACCACACAGUUUGGGAAUUAAUUUUCCUCAUGGCAUCAAAAGAGAAUCUAGGACUGUCACAUAUGAAAAUGGAAGAAGAUCUAUUCAGCAGGUUGGUUCUCAGCUAAGACUGAAUCAGCAUUGUAUUGACACAGCAUUUAACUUCUUUAAAAUGGCUGUAAAUAAAAGAUUGACCAGGGGAAGAAAGACAACACAUGUGAUAGCUGCCUGUUUAUACCUUGUGUGUAGAACUGAAGGAACACCUCAUAUGUUGCUUGAUUUCAGUGAUAUUCUUCAGGUGAAUGUUUACAGUUUAGGAAGAACAUACCUACAGUUAUCUAAAGAAUUGUGCAUCAGCAUACCAGCAAUAGAUCCAUGUUUAUACAUUCCAAGAUUUGCACAUAAAUUAGAAUUGGGUGACAAAACACAUGAAGUGUCUAUGACAGCUAUGCGAUUAGUUCAGAGAAUGAAAAGAGAUUGGAUGCACACUGGACGUAGACCAUCAGGACUUUGUGGAGCAGCUUUACUAGUUGCCUCUAGAAUGCAUGAGUUUAGUAGAUCAGUAAGGCAGAUAAUCAAAGUGGCAAAAGUCUGUGAUACAACUAUAAGGAAAAGAUUGUCAGAGUUUAAAGCUACACCAUCAAGUCAGUUGACUAUAGAAGAAUUCCAGACUGUAGAUUUAGAGGAAGAACAAGAUCCCCCAGCUUUCACUGCCAGUAAACGUAAAGCACAAGAAGCUAAAUUUCAUGCUCAGUUAGAUAAAUUUCCAGAGCUGGAAUCAGAAGUAGAGCUAAUAAAAGAACAAAUAGAGAAAUCCAUGGUUCCACCAAAACCUGUAGGAAUAUAUGCAGCAUAUGCUAAAAUGGCUGCAUCUCCUUUAGGUGACAAUGAAGAGGUAUCAAGAGUUAGUACUUUUUUAGAAGAGGAAACAUUUAAAGAAGCUAUUUCAGAUAUAGACAAUAUUAGUGAAACAACAACAAACAAUCCUGUAUCAUACUCAACUUUACGACCAACAGCUGCUAGUUUAGGAAUUAAAGAAGUUUUGUCAGAAUGCUUAAAAGAAUCAGAUUCUGAACGUGAUGAUGGGGAAUUAGAUUUACAUGGCAUUGAUGAUGAAGAGUUAGAUAAGUUUUUACUCUCAGAUGAUGAAAUCAAACUUAAAACCAGUAUAUGGAUGGCUGAAAAUUCUGACUAUCUCAAGGCUUUGGAAGAAAAGGAAUUAAGAUUAGCAAAAGAAAAAGAGGAAGAAGAAAAAAAUCCUGAUAAGAAAAAGCAUAGAAAGCGAAAGAAAAAGCCACCAUCAAUGGGACCAGCUGCUUCUGCAGAGGAAGCCAUAGUCAGACUGUUACAUGAGAAGAAAAUCUCAAAUAAAAUAAAUUAUGAAGUACUCAAUGAUCUGAAAUUUACAGGUGUCAACAGGUCACCUUCAAAAGAAACUACCUCUUCUGCUACAGUUAUACCAAAUGGUGAACCUGUUAUCAAUAGAUUCAGUAAAACAACUAGUAGAUUAAGACCAGAAAACAGCGGAAAAAUUUCACAGAAUUUGUCCUCGAAGAGGUUAAAAUUAGAUGAAAACUCAGAAAAAGAAACAGCAAAAGACCUGGAAGUAAUAGUAGAAAGUGGACCUGUAGAUUAUGGACCUGAUGACAAAGAAGAUGAAGAUGAGGAUGAUUUAGUUGAUGAAGAUGAAGGCUGUCUUAGUGCAGCUCAACUACUAGGGCAUUCAACAGAUAUAAAUUAUGAUGAGGAUGUUGAUAUAUAUGAUGUAGAUGAUGAUUGAUAGAAACUAUAAACUCUAAAAUUUCCAAGAUGUUGAUGGAUUAGAAAUACCCAUCUUAUGACAGAGCUAUCCAAACUUACAGGCUCACAUACAUGAUAGAUUAGAACAGACAAAGAUAGACAAACCAGAUUGAUAUAUAAAUGAUUGAACAAGUGACAAUUAAGAUGAAUGGGUUUUUUUACUUUUCAUAGCAAAAAUUCUGUAAUAGCUACAAAAGGCUACUAGUAUCCUCCUAAACCAAAUGCUGGAUUUUUAUCAAACUUUACAGGAUCUUUAGGAACUUAUUACAUUGUGUACUAGAAGCUUGUGAUGUGUAUAAGAAUGUUUUAUUAAAAAGAGUAACAAUGAGUAGAAGUGUGUUCUUUGACUGCAGUCAAUAAUGUGCUGUCCUUUCAUAGUCAGGAAAUACGCUGUGGUUCCUUGUCAUAUUUCCCAAGACUGCUGGUAAAGGCUGGAGAACUAUAUCAGUUUAAAGUGAGCUGUAACAGAAGUCACAUUUUUAUAUUUCUUAAGCUGACACUUUAAAUAUCUUAUUUAAUUGAUUAGAAUAAUAUUUGGGAUUUCUUUUAGUAAAACAAACUUGAAAUGAGGGGUAGACAAGAAUUUAUGAGCUUUGAUUACAGUUUUUCUCAUUUUCUGCUGUUUUCUUUUUACGUUUUCCUAACUUUGGCUUGUUUAUUAUUUUACCAAUACCAAAUUGCAACUUUAUGAAAGAUACAUUUUAGUGUGCAAUUUUCAAAAGAAAGACAUCAGUGCUGUGUUUCUUUCCAAAAUAGUAUUUCAAAUUUUAUAAACAAAGAUGUAUAAUAUGAAAAUGACAGUGUGAACUAAUUCUAAAGACACAGGUGUAAGGAAGAGCAGAAUGUAUGAGCUUAUUUAAUUGAGGAUGGGGAUGAUUUAUUUUGAUGUGAUAUUUCAUAGUACAUAACUUUCUGUGAAUCCAAUAGCAAGACAGGGUAGAUAAGAUAUAUCAGAUGAAUUACAGAUCUUUUUUGUUUAGAACAAAAAACUGAAAGUCCAUAUAAAUUGGCUAGAUCAUGUUUAUUCUGGUUAUAUAUUAUUGUAGUAUUCACAACCCAGUCUUACAGUAUGAAGUCUGUUGUUAAAAACAGAAAAGAUGCACACUUCAUGUUUCACAUGUAUCUGCCUUGAUGACCUGUUGAUAUGAUAAUGUCCUAAAUUUUUAAACUGAUUGACUGUAGUUCUAUGACUAUCAUAUCUGCCAUCAAAUGGGGCUGGUGUUUAAAAAAAAAACAGGGAUAUCUUGCAUAGAGUGAACUGACAACAACAUUUUUUACAUGACUGCUAUUACGAAACUUAAUAUGGUCUAAUAAUGUCUGUCUGUCCAUCAGUCUUUCUGCCAUCAACGCUUCUUCAGGUAACUCAAAUUUUCUUUAACCAAUUUUGUUAUUUUUAUACGACAGCAAAAAAUUUUUGCAGUCGUAUAUUGGUAUGACAUCGGCGUCGUCUUUUUGGUCCGAAGACACAUUGGUUUUCGCACAAUAACUUUAGUUUAAGUGAAUGGAUCUCUAUGAAAUUUUAUCAUAAGGUUCAAUACUACAAAAGGAAGGUUGGGAUUGAUUUUAGGGGUUAUGGUACCAACAGUUAAGGAAUUAGGGGCCAAAAAUAAGCAUUUUUCUAGUUUCCAGACAAUUACUUGUGGAACGGUGUGUGGAUCUCUCUGAAAUUAUACCACAAGUUUCCAUACCGCAAAGGGAUGGUUAGGAUUUACUUUGGGGGUUAUGGCUAAGUUUAGGAAUUAGGGGCAAAAAAGGGGGAAAAACAAGGGUGUCCUGGUUAAUGGACAAGUACUUUAGUACAAAACAUAAUUAAAAGCAGUGUAAGGGAGGUAAUUCAAAUACAUCAUUUGAAUUACCUCCCUUACACUGCUUUUAAACUAUGUAUAAAGUAAUGGUUAAUGAACAAUUAAGACAAUUUAAAAGCAGUGUAAGGGAGGUAAUCCAAAUACAACGUUUUGAUUACCUCCCUUACACUGCUUUUAAAUUAUGUUUAAAGAAAUGCAUAUUUAUAAAGGAAGACCAGUAAAAAUAUCUGCAAAAGUUGCAUCUGUUUUUUUUUACAAAAAAAUCCAUAUGAAAGAUUUGACACCAUAUUUUAAAUUCUAUUAUAGAAUAGAUUAAGUUAGCACUAUGGUAAAUUUAAAUGGGUAAUUAUGGUUGCAAACUCCAUUGGAAAUUUGAAUUGAGAUUAUGACCACAUCAUGAGGGAAAGAAUUUCUUUGGGGGUAAAAAGAAAUUGUGGGGGGUCAAUUUUUUCUCAUUUCAGAUUUCAGAAAUUAAAAAGAAAAAUUCUUCAAAUAUUAUUUUUUUUUGCCAAAAAAAGUGUGUGGGGGAAGGGGGGGGUCAAUUCGCAACAGCAAAUUUGCCCCAACUGUUCAGGGUUGGACCUCUGCGGUCGUAUCCAGCUUCGCUCGGCGAAGCAAUUUAUUACAAUAUAAUGAAUGAUGGAAGAAAGCUCCCUUUCGAUAAUGAAAGUUUUUGGCUAUGUUGUUCUAGAUUUUCAGGACUUUUAACCCAUUGAAUUAAGCCCAUUUUUUACAUAAUUGCAUUUACUCAAUUAUGACUGGAUUGAUUUCCCCUAUACUUUACAUUAGUGUUAGGAUUGAUAAAAGGAAAACAUGUAACACACUGGGACUUUGACAGCCAUUAAUCUUUAAUAUCAUGCACUAGCUCUAACAUGCUUGGAUCAAAUUUCUACAAACUUAUCACUGUUGUAGGGAUUGUUGAAUGCAGACUCGCUUUUGAUUUUGAAUUUUUUCUGGUUUGUCAUUUGAGAGUUAUGGGACUUUAAACUUUCAUAUUUGACACAAUAUUUAUACACCUAAGGAUAUCAUCAUGCAAGUUUUUCUACAGAGCCAUUUUAUUUGCUUCUGACUGAAUUAAUUCUUAAUCACCAAUUUUAUUUUUGCAACAAUUUCAAUAUGCACAUGCACAAUAAGGGCGUAUCAUGUGCUAUUGGCACAGCUGUUUAUUUGUAAUGGUACAUUUGAUAACAUGCUAUUAGCCAUGGAAUUGCAAUAAUAAACCAGACCUAAGCUGUUCUCAACAUGAUGGAAUAAGAAUUUAUAUCACAAAAGAUUACAAAAAUCUAUUUAAUUAGUUACAAAUAAAUGUUUGAAGAAAAACACAUUUAUGAUUAUGUAUGAAAUUAUUUUAGAGAAAACUACUAAUUUUUAAUGAUAUUCUAUUUUACUUCAAAUAAAAGAACAGCAUAAUAAUAAUAAUAUUUUAAUAUUUUCUGGUAAAUGAUGUUUGUAAUAUUGAUCAGACCCAUUUAUGUAAAAUAUCAAAUAUUGGGUAAGGCCUUUGCUCAUAUUUAAAUAUUGAUGACUAACUCUAAAAAUGAGGCAAGAUUUCACAUAUUUGCAUUAAAAGCAUCAAGUUUGAAGCACAAAUGUUAAGAUUUCAAACAAAAUUAAAAAAAUAUGAAUACUGAUAUAUGACAGUCUAAUGUUUUAUGAACAUGUAACGGAUGUCAUUUGGUAGAUUUAUCAUACUUUUAAUUUUUGAUUUAAGGGUCUAAAAAAGUGGCCUUAUCAUAUCUCCUGCUUUAUAGGAUGUUUAUCAUUGCAGGUACCUAAUAUGUUUCUCCAAUAUUCUGAUAUGUAAUUUCUGAACUGUAUAUUUUAAAUGUGUUUGUUAUCUGUUCUUUAGGUUUUGUAAAUGUUGUUAAAGGGAAAUAAUAGAAAAUAAAAUUACAAUAAAU